AUGAAGUUCCUCUCCCCUCUUGCGUUGAGCGCAACGGCAGCUGCCAUGGCUAUGGUGAACCCAGAGCAGCAACCACUAGCGCCGUCAAUUGUGCAAAACCCACAGGCCAAGUCUUUGAUCGAGCUAGCCCCAUACCGAACUCGCUGGGUAUCGGAUGAAGAGAAAUGGUCCCUCAAGCUGGACGGAGUAAACUUUAUCGAUGUCACCGAGGAAUACCAAACAGGCUCCUAUGGCACCCUUCACGCAUCACGGGUCGUACACUACCCGAAGGAGAUGGAACAUUCGCAUGAGAUCUUGCCUUUGGCCGAAACUCUCGACAAGAAAAACAUGAGGAGCAACCUCAAACACUUCACCUCGUUCUACACGCGCUACUACAAGUCGCAAACAGGCAUUGAGUCUGCAACUUGGUUGUUCGACCAAGUGACCGCCGCAAUUCACGAGUCCGGUGCGAGCGACCACGGCGCGACCGUCGAGCGCUUCGAGCAUUCUUGGGGUCAGUUCAGCAUCAUCGCCCGCAUCCCCGGUCAGACGGACAACACCGUUGUUCUCGGCUCCCACCAGGAUAGCAUCAACCUUUUCCUGCCCUCUAUCCUGGCUGCGCCGGGCGCAGACGAUGAUGGCAGUGGAACCGUUACUAUCCUUGAAGCUCUCCGUGCUCUGCUGCGGUCGGAGACCAUUGCCCACGGCAAGGCCCGCAAUACCAUCGAAUUCCACUGGUAUUCUGCCGAGGAGGGUGGUUUGCUCGGAUCUCAGGCUGUCUAUUCCAAGUAUAAGAAGGAUUCGCGAAAUGUCAAGGCUAUGCUCCAGCAGGACAUGACUGGCUAUGUCCAGGGUACUCUGGAUGCUGGUGAGCAGGAAUCCGUGGGUGUCAUCAUCGACUACGUCGACCAGGGCCUCACUUCGUUCAUCAAGGAGGUUAUUACUACAUAUUGCGAUGUGCCAUAUGUUGAGACGAAGUGUGGUUAUGCAUGCUCUGAUCACGCCUCCGCUAGUCGGUACGGAUACCCUUCCGCAUUCGUCAUCGAGUCCAAGUUCGAGAACUCCGAUAAGAAAAUUCACACCACAGAGGACAAGAUCGAAUAUUUGAGCUUCGAUCACAUGCUGCAGCACGCGAAGAUGAGCUUAGCUUUCGCUUACGAGCUGGCUUUUGCUCCCUUCUGA